UCAUAUUUGUCACUAAUAGUAUUUUCUAUUUGUUUUUCUUAGUUUCAGAAAAGCAUGCCAGCAAGCGGAAGAAGAACAUAAUUUCAUGUUUCUUCAAGAAAGUACGUAAGGCUGUGAAGCUUCCCAUCUGCUCCAAGAACACAGUGGACUGUCUACCACAGCAGGACCCACAGUUUGACAACUCUACACCUAGCCUGGAAGGGUGGAACGACGCCGCUUUAUCCAGUUCGGAUGGCUGCCCAGAGCAGUCCAGCUUCACACUUCCAGGUGAAGUGCUUGUUGAGCCAGUAAGGGCUUCAGCUUGCCUGAAACUAAAGACAGCAUCCAGAUUAGAUGACUCUAUACCUAAUGUCAUCAAUGAGGGCAGUACAGACAGACCGAAAUUGGAGGCUUCAGUUACAAAAAAGGGUACAGAAGAACGUAGGAAGAGGAGAGGAAUCCACUCUUUCUUCAAGAGUGUGUGGAAGGCUAUGAAAAAGCCUUUCUGCUGCCAGAACAAAGUGGAGCCUUUUGUGCCUCCACCAGAACUGGAUGAUCCUGAGCUGUCACCUGUCCCAGAGCCUUCAGACUGCGUCCCAACUAAUGAAUCCAUUAGCACUCGCUAUAUAGUGCAAAAUAUUAUUGGAGAAGGAGGCUAUGGCAAGGUGUAUGAGGGAAUCCGUGUUUCCGAUGGCAAAAAGGUUGCCAUCAAACGUAUUAAAAAAACUGUACGGGAUCAUUAUCUUCAAACUACUGUACAUCCCAAACCUCUCAUUACCGAAGUUGCGCUGAUGCUAACGAUGAAGCAAGGACCCAUAAGCCCCUACGUCAUCCAACUAUAUGAGUGGUUUGAGCACCCUCAAGUAUUCACUCUCGUGAUGGAGAAUCCGGAUCCCUGCGAGAGCUUGUUGGACUUCAUCAACAAUAACCCUAACAUGAAUGAGACAACAGCACGGCUCAUCAUGUGUCAGGCGGUGCAAGCAGUACUGCACUGCAUUGAGCACGGUGUUUUUCAUAAUGAUAUUCAUCCAGAUAAUAUCCUGUUGAGAAAACACACUUUGGAGCUCAAGUUAAUAGACUUUGGCUGUGGUCAUCUACUUAGUAGUAAUGGCUAUAAUCGGAGUCAAUAUAGAGGAAUACAGGCUUACUACCCACCUGAGCUCUUCACCUGUGGCAGAUUCUACGCCACCUCUACAAACGUCUGGGCUCUAGGAGUGUUGUUGUAUGAGAUGGUGAACACGUGUUCUCCAUUUUGCAAUAUAACUGAAAUCACACAAGCCGAAAUUAGGUUUGAAAACCCAGAUUUAUCCAAAGAAUGCCGUGAUCUGAUCGUCCAGUGCCUAAACCGUGAUCCAACUGAACGGCUGACCCUCGAUCAGAUCUUGCAGCAUGACUGGUGUAAAACAGAGGAUCUAGAAGAGUCAGAGGAUUGAAACUGCAUUGGUUUCAGAGUUUAAAAUGUGAUUAGUGAAGGUUGGACACACACCUUCCAGUGAAAAAGCACUAUGAAUACACAUGCUGAUGGAAAUUGGAAACUCAAGCCCUCAUGUGAACCCAUUACUAAAGAAUCAGAGAGCUCGGAGCACCCCAGAAUUCAGAGCCAGUCCACAUCCUUACUGUUCCAUCCGAAAAUGAGCAGCGAUUAGCUCUAGACAUCACAGCCAUAGGUGCUUUGUUUUAAAAGCAUAGUUUGGCAAUUUUAAAAGGAAUAUGUUAUUAGGAAGAAAUAAA